CUGAGGCAAAUGUCCCUUUUCUUACUUUCUCGCAUAUUCUUCUAGUCAACACCAUUCCUUUAUCUUUUCCUCAUUUUCACGCAUUUUCUAUGGAUUUAGGUGAUCAUAGUAGACAACUGCACGUAGACUCUUCAUCCGCAACCAUGAUACUCGAACCGAAAGAUUUCCCGCAGAUGUGGCAGAAACCGUCGAGUGAAGACUUACUCAGCACACUGAAGCAACUGGAACUCAGCCCUCCGGUAUGGAGUCACAAACGAAGACGGUCUGAUAUUGUUCAUGAGCAAGAGUCAACGGCAUAUUUUCGGCGCGAAGUAACGAUGUACUUAUCAUCAAUCAUCAAGAGCGGUCUCUCUUGGAUCGAGGACGACGAUGAAAAGGAGGAAGUCUGGUCAGAGGCUAGCCGCAGGAUGACGGAGCGAUGUGGAAGAACAGCCAUGGGCGAGAUCACCCGGCGAUGGCCCUUUAGAGAAGAGGACCUCACACCGACCUUUGAGCUCAUCAUCCGAGAGCCACCCCUGACUGGUGACUCACUUGGUCUCAAGACAUGGGGUUCUUCUUACGUUCUCGCCAAGCACUUGCCAUCUAUCGGUUCAACGGCUCUCUUCCGGCUCUUUGAUGAAUCUCUGGGCGAGCCGCGGCCAUCCGUAUUGGAGUUGGGUUCUGGCACAGGCCUACUUGGACUUGCGGCGGCUGCUUUGUGGAAGUCUCAUGUGAUUCUCAGCGAUCUGCCAGAUAUCAUGUCGAAUCUUUGCCACAACGUGGACGCCAACCGUGCCACGGUGGAGAAGCUAGGAGGUUCAUUGAACGCCGGUGCACUUACUUGGGGUGGCUCAGGGGAUGACGAAGUUGACCAGAACCUCUUUGGCAAAAGAAACCAGUUCAAGGUUGUCCUCGCUGCUGAUCCCCUUUACGACGACUGUCAUCCAGGACUUCUGGCAGGAGCUUUCUCUGAGCAGCUAUCAACCGAAGACGAUGCCCGCGCAGUUGUAAUGGUCCCACUGCGAGACGAAACUACUAAGAACCUUCUCAAGUCUUUCCGAGGUGCUAUGGGAAGCCAGGAAAAUACUCUAAUUUGCAUCGAGGAAGGAACACUCGAUGGCCAGGAUGACUGGGGUGAGGACGAGGAAGGCACCAACGUGACUUGUUGGUGGGGGAUAUUUGCACGCGAGCAGCAAACAUAAAUACCGAUGGAGCAAUCGAUGAAGUGAGCGAGCUUGGAGACGGCUUAAGACAUAAACUAGACGAAAGAGAAUGAGUAGGCGCGCGUCCGCCAAUUAGACUUAGAUCUAGACAAAACAGAAUACAAUGAUAGAUGACUCGGAUGCCCUGACAGGCGAC